AUGAUUAAUAUCUGGCAAGUCUUUGCUGAUGGAGUUAAUCAGGACAUGGUUGUACUUAUGGCUGCAAGGGCAUCAAGGCUAGAGAACCAAGAUGCAAUUGAUUGUGAUCAGCUUGCAAUUACUAAGGAAACAGGAAGGCGUCUUGGAAUGGGCUCUAACAUGUAUCCUUCUUCAUCGCUGCUAGGAGAAAGCAAAGAUAAUUUUGCUUCUGUUCCCGUCGAUGAUCUUAUAGAAAAUGCAGAUGGUUUUGCUGGUGUCUUUCCUGAGCACAAAUAUGAGAUUGUGAAGAGGUUACAAGCUAGAAAGCACAUUUGUGGGAUGAUUAGUGAUGGAGUGAAUGAUGCACCAGCUUUGAAGAUAGCAGACAUAGGUAUCGCUGUAGCAGAUGCAACAGAUGCUGCAAGAAGUGCCUCUAAUACAGUUCUAACAGAACCUGGGUUGAGUGUGAUCAUAAGUGCUGUUUUAACUAGCCGUGCAAUUUUCCAAAGAAUGAAAAACUACACAAUAUAUGAUGUAUCUAUCACCAUCCGUAUUGUGGUUGGCUUUAUGUUACUCACAUGCAUUUGGGAAUUUAACUUUCCUCCCUUUAUGGUUCUUGUCAUAGCCAUUCUCAACGAUGGUAUUACUAUCUGCUCUCAAAUACCAUAUUUAAAAUGCAUUAUUUGGAGGUAUUCUCUAUAGUUAUAGUAACAUUAG